GGAGAGCGCAGCGCAGCCCUGGCUUUCCCCUCACCGCGCACCCGCGCCCCCUUCCGUGUCCGCAACCAGAAGCCCAGCGCGGCGCCCGGAGCCGGACCUGCACCCGUGCCGCUCCCGGGACCGCGACCCCGGCCGCCCCGCGAUGACCGCGACCGAAGCCCUCCUGCCCGUCCUCUUGCUCCUGCUGGCUUUCGGCCACAGCACCCAUGGAGCUGAAUGCUUCCCGCCCUGUGACCCCCAAAAUGGAUUCUGUGAGGAUGACAAUGUUUGCAGGUGCCAGCCUGGCUGGCAGGGUCCCCUGUGUGACCAAUGUAUGACCGCACCUGGCUGCUAUAACGGAUACUGUGAAGAAGCCUGGCAGUGCAUUUGCAACGAUGGCUGGGAAGGGAAACUCUGCGAAAUAGAUGUCCGGGCUUGCACUUCGACCCCCUGUGCCAACAAUGGGAGCUGCGUGAACCUUGAAAAUGGCCAAUAUAAAUGCUCCUGUAUCCCUGGGUACACAGGAAGGAACUGUCUGAAGAAGGAAGGGCCCUGUGCGAACAAUGGUUCCCCCUGCCAGAACGGAGGCAGCUGUGUGGACGAUGAGGGUUGGGCCUCCCAUGUCUCCUGCCUGUGCCCCCCUGGCUUCUCAGGCAAUUUCUGCGAGAUCGCGGGCGACAACUGCGACCCGAACCCGUGCGAGAACGAUGGCGUCUGCACCGACAUCGGGGGCGACUUCCGCUGCCGCUGCCCGGCUGGCUUCGUCGACAAGACCUGCAGCCGCCCUGUGAACAGCUGCACCAGCGCCCCAUGCCUGAAUGGAGGCACCUGCCUGCAGCACUCACAGGUGAGCUACGAGUGUCUGUGCAAGCCCGAGUUUACUGGUCCCACCUGUGCCAAGAAGCGUGCCCGGGGCCCCCAGCAGGUCACCCGUCUGCCCAGCAGCUACGGGCUAGCCUACCGCGUAACCCCUGGGGUGCACGAGCUGCCAGUGGCGCAGCCCGAGCACCACAUCCUGAAGGUGUCAAUGAAGAAACUCAACAAGAGCACCCCUCUCCUCACCGAGGGUCAGGCUAUCUGCUUCACGAUCCUGGGCGUGCUGACCAGUCUGGUGGUGCUGGGCACCAUGGGAGUCGUCUUCCUCAACAAGUGCGAGAGCUGGGUGUCCAACCUGCGCUACAACCACAUGCUGCGCAAGAAGAAGAACCUGCUUCUGCAGUACCACAGCGGGGAGGAUCUGGCGGUCAACAUCAUUUUUCCGGAGAAGAUCGACAUGACCACCUUCAACAGGGAGGCUGGUGGCGAGGAGAUCUAAGCAGUGUUCCCACAGGCCCCUCUAUAUUCUCCGGUUCCCGUAGAGCUCACUAUAUGCGGUCUGUCCUAAUCCUUGCAGUAGUGUUCGCUAUAUCUCGUGUUAAAUCUGGUGAACGCUAUGCUUACAUAUAUUGUCUUUGUGUUGCCGUGUGAACACAAUGCUUAAAAGACCCUCUCUCUCUCCCUAUUAAUGCAUGAUCAAAAAUAAUAAGAAUUUCAUCUUUAAACAA